UAACACGCAGAUAUCUUUUUAUAUAUAUCCAUAUAUAUACAUGCUCUAAAAGAGCAAGAAAACGCAGCAGAAGAGCACACGAGCAAAACCCCCCCCCGGCACAAACCAAUGCGUCGUCACCAGCAGCUCACCGCCACCAUUUUCUUCCUCCUCCUGGUUCUCCUCCACCACUACGACGGAGCCAAUGCAAGUCCGAUCAAAACCGUGGUGGUUCUGGUGAUGGAAAACCGGUCGUUCGAUCACAUGUUGGGGUGGAUGAAAAAGCUAAACCCGGAAAUCAACGGCGUCGAUGGCUCCGAAUUCAACACGUUGUCGGCAGGGGAUCCUUCCUCCCGAAAGUUCUUCUUCAAGGACCAGUCACACUAUGUAGACCCGGAUCCGGGUCACUCGUUCCAGGCAAUCAGAGAGCAGAUAUUCGGAUCCAACGACACCUCUGCUGAUCCUCCGCCCAUGAACGGGUUCGCCCAACAGGCUUACUCAAUGGACCCUUCGUUUAACAUGUCGGAGGACGUCAUGAAUGGCUUCCAUCCUCAAAUGGUCCCUGUCUAUCAGACUCUUGUCUCUGAAUUCGCUGUCUUUGAUAGAUGGUUUGCUUCUGUGCCGUCGUCCACCCAACCGAAUCGUCUCUUUGUACACUCGGGAACAUCCGCCGGAGCGACGAGCAACAUUCCCGCACUGCUGGCCAAGGGAUAUCCUCAGAGAACGAUCUUCGAUAACCUCUACGAUGCCGGAAUCUCCUUCGGAAUAUACUGGCAGAAUAUUCCGGCGACUCUGUUUUACAGGAACCUAAGGAAGCUCAAGUACUUCAACAAAUUCCAUUUCUAUAGUACGUUUAAGAAGCACGCGGAACAGGGGAAGCUGCCGGGCUAUGUUGUGGUGGAGCAGCGGUACACGGACUCCAAACAGGAGCCGGCGAACGACGAUCACCCGUCGCACGAUGUGUACCAGGGACAGAUGUUCGUGAAGGAGGUGUACGAGACGCUGAGAGCGAGUCCGCAAUGGAACCAGACGUUGUUCAUUAUCACGUACGACGAGCACGGCGGAUUCUACGAUCACGUGCCGACACCGGUCCAUGAGGUUCCCAGCCCGGAUGGAAUUGUCGGACCGGAACCGUUCCUGUUCAAGUUUGAUCGAUUGGGGGUUAGGGUUCCUACCAUCGCGGUUUCCCCUUGGAUUGAGAAAGGAACAGUUGUCCAUGGAACUAAUGGGUCGCCAUUUCCAACAUCGGAAUAUGAGCACUCAUCAAUUCCGGCAACAGUGAAAAAGCUCUACAACCUGCCAACCUUCCUCACAAAGAGAGAUGAAUGGGCUGGCACAUUCGAAGGCAUUGUGCAAACCAGGACUGAACCCAGAACUGAUUGUCCAGUGCAACUUCCAGAGCCUGUAAGGAUCAGGAAGACAGAGGCCAAUGAAGAUGCCAAGCUCACAGAAUUUCAGCAGGAGCUACUGCAGCUGGCAGCGGUAAUGAAAGGAGAAAAUAUCCUGACGACUUAUGCGGCAAACUUGGGGAAGGAUAUGACUGUCAGGGAAGGGAAAGCUUACAUGAAAGAUGCAGUGAAACGCUUCUUUGAUGCUGCACUUUAUGCUCAGAGAAUGGGAGUUGACGGAGAACAGAUUGUUCAAAUGAGACCUUCUCUGACUACAAGACCCUCGAAAACUACAACUAUCCAUCCAUGAGAAGGAAGAUACCUAAUGGAUUAGUUAAUUGGUGCAUGUUUUAGAGACAUACGAGGUGUAUAUGUUGCAACUAGUAAGGUUUCGAUGGAAAUCAAAGAAAGAAAUAGAAAGUUGAAUGAAAAUCAAAGAAAGAAAUAGAAAGUUGAAUGAAAAUUAUUAUGACGUAAACAUAUUAAGCUGCAGGGCUAUAUUGAUUAAGCAAA